AUGGGCUUCCGUAGACAGGUAAAGGUCUUUGACACCGCACCUGCCUUGUGAAACAGGAGGGCUUUGUGAUGCAGUCUGCUGGCCUGGUUCCAUCGUCUGUGAGGUGGAAACGACAAGGCAUAGCAUGGGAAGGCAUUAGGCACCAGUACCCUAAAUGCCUACAUACAGGGAUGGUUGGUCUUCUCAUGCUAAUGAGGUUUAGACCAUGCUGAGCCCAACUUUUGUUCUGUGGGAUCUAGGGUAUCCCUUAUAUACCUAUGGCUCCAACUUUAUUAUUAUCCUAAUUAUCUGGCAGGUGAAAAAUUACCAUGGAUUAACAUUGGAACCUAAAAGGAGCUGCUGCCGGCAUCACUGAAAAGUCAGACAAAGGGCUAGAGAUGCAGCAUCAAAAGCUAGGAGACUUUCCCGGGAAGAAGCUGAGAAGCCGUGGGAGCUGCUCUCUGUCAUGAGAAGCCAGGGCUGGCUUCCUCAGGAGGGGAGUGUGCGGCAGCUCCUGUGUGCAGACCCCUGCUGCCAAAUCUGCAAUGCCAUGGUGCUGGAGAUUCAGCAGCUGGUGGUGGGUGAGAAUACCCUGGUCUCCCCAGCUUCAGGGGGGCCAUCGCAGGGCUCCUCUUGUCUAGAGAUUUUGUCCACAUCUAAAGUGUCUUUUAAGCAGAGUAUAGAGCAUCGUUGCCCAUGCUCCAAAGACUUUUCACUUCCACCUGCAACCCUCACAGUGUCACAGAAAUCCCUAACCCAGUCAGCUGCCCAGUCAACUGGUGCAGUCAGCAUCCAUGAUUACUGGGCUGAACACCUCAAACUAAGGCAGGGAUUUCAAGUCCCAGAGGUGUCCAGGGGCCCAGAGACUAUGUUUUCAUCAAGGCUCGAAGAGCCUCGGAUUUCAGUGAACCUGCAGAAGGUGAUGCAGAGCAACUCCAGCCUUGCCUAUGGGAACCAAGGCCAGCAGUCCUUGAAUUCCCAGGGGUCUCUGCUGACCCUGAACCAAGAAAUCACUACCUUGACACAUCCUGUGGCCUCACAUAUGGUCACUGUCCUCCCUGCCCACCUGCCAUUCCUCAGUCCUGAAGUCCUGAGGCUUCUUGAGGUACAUGUGAAAAAAAGGAUGCAUUUCCAGAGGUGGGGGCUCCCCAGACUUGUAGAAGAGUCUCUGAGGCAGUUUAUGCCAAAUCCGCCAUUAUUCUACCAAUCUGUACAUAACCAACCAGUUUCUUUCAUCCAAAAUGAUAGUUUUCAGUUCUCUGUUGAGAAAUUUGGGACCACUUCAUACCAGAACUGGGGUUCAUGUAUGGCCAGCCAGCCCACCCAGGCCUUCUGGGUUUCUGAAUGGUCCAUUAUGGACCCAGAACAAAGACCCCACUACCAGCAAAUCCCAAACCAUACGGUUCUUGCCUUGUCCUCUCCAGCCCUUAAAGAAUUAAAUGGCCUCUAUCUCAUGCCUGGGCAACCGGCUAAUGACUCAGUGGGCCAUGUGCAGCAGAUAUACAGCCAGCUAUUCUGUGGCCUCCCUUCUCUGCACAGUGAGUCCCUGGUUGACACCUUCUUGGGUUCUCAAGGCUUCUCCAUGAAUGGGAGCAUGUCUAAGCCCCACUUGAACGAUCCUUUUCUCUUCUCUCCCCCUCUAAUGCCUAAAACUCCAACCUGGUCAGCUCCACCCUGUUCUCCAUCUUCCCCAAAUUGGAUCGCUCCACUUGACCACCAGCAAGCUCAGAUCAAUAUCCCAUUUCUGACUCUCGAUGAGUAUGAAGCCUUGGAGUGGCACCUGCUGCAGAAGCAGCUCCAGCUUCAGUGGGGCCUGCCAGAUGUUUUCCAGAGAGAUCAGCACACCCAGAGUCCCAUGCAGCAUGAGCCCUGUGAAAAAGCCCAGUCUUCUGAGACUGAGAAAACUUCCUGGCCAGGGAAGCCCAUCUCAGUCCUCACAAGGGAACUACUCUUCCCAGAGCAUGCCAGUAGGCUGCUGGAAUUCCACCUCCAGAGGCAGUUGAUUCACCAUUGCUGGGGCCUGCCCCAGAAGAUCCAGCAGUCCAUCCAGUUGCUCCUGUCCCCCAGUGACCAGAGGACUCUGUCCUGGAGCAGCACAGCCCUAGACAAUGUGAAUGUCCCCCAACCUACAGCUCUAGAGGGCAUUGGGGUUGGCGACCCAUUCCCAGCCAUCAUGGACCCAGUGUCAGCCCCCAUGCCACACUUGUUUGUCUAGACUAAGGCAAUAUUAUAGAGCCACAUUGACUCCAAAUGUGGGCAGAUUCACCAAGGCAAGGUUCCUGUCUGCAUAUGUGGCUCUUGGGAGUGCAGAAUUCCUGGGGGCCUGAAAGUAGCUCCCUUCACCAGCAUCCCAGAAAGCAAGCCCCAGGAACUACAGGCAGCAAAUGACCCAGACCUACAACAGAAAGUUACACCCUGGAUGCCAGUGGUCCUUGCUCAGCAGCAGCAAGCCUUACCAAAUGCCAUCACAGGAUAUCCUAAGCAGCCCCAAACCCUGUCCAAGGGAGCCAUUGAGAAACUGGAGACAACUUUACGGCACAAGUAUCUGGCCUUCUUGUCAGGGCUGCCCACUCUUUAUUAUGUGGCUCUCUCCAGGGCCUUGGAUCCAGCAAUCACUUGCCAAGCUAUGAUCCCAGAGACAGUGCCUGGGCCUGCUGAAUUCCCCACAGAACCUCUGACUCAGAUGACCUCACCUGAAAAGCAAGUUCUAAAUCCUGGGCCAGGCUUUCAGGAUGCCAGCAAGGCUUGUGCAAACACUGCAGAUGAAUUCCAGACUGAAGUGCAGGUGGAAGGAAUAAUCAAGAUGGUGCCUCUAGAAAGCCAGACAGAGGCUGCCAGACCCUGCUUAGUCACGGAACCUGUCUUGGCCAAACUAAAUUUCCAUCUGAGAAAGAAGAUCCUAGAGAUACAACUGGGAGUUCCCAUAAGGGCAAGAGAGUCCAGGGAACAAACUGUAGCAAUCACAGAGAACAUCACACAGGAGUCUCCUGGGAAUCUAGACAACCAAGGAAAAACACUGCUCCAGGAACUCCGCAUCCCACCAGAUAUGCCACGUGCCCCAGAUCCAGAAUGGUUCCACUUCAAAGAACAGCUGGCCACUGAGUUAAAGGCAGUGCAUCAGAAACAGAAGCACCCCAGUCCUAGUGAAGUACCCCAUGGUUCUAUCCACUGGACCUCCAAGAUCUCUCAAGCCAGCAGGGACAUGACAGAGGCCCAGAUGCUUUGUUUUCAGCUGGAGGCCAGUGUAAACAACCCCAGCCUGGAGGAGGCCUGGAGCCCUGAGCCCCAAAGCCCUGACAAAAGCAAAGACUCAGCCCAAGUACCCAAGCUGGCAGAAAAGAAAGGCAAAUCCAAGUCAGCAAGGGACCAUGGAGAAGGGGAUGCCGGGUUCGCACUCUCCUCCACAAGAGAAAAAAGCCACUCAGCUGAAGCCCAGAGGCCAGAAGGGAUGCUUCUCAACAGGACACCCCAUAGCCCCUGGCGACGGAGACAUUGCUUUCACUUUAAUGCUCCCUGUCAGCACAGUCCCCAGUAUCGCCCUCAGCUUAAACUCCCAGAGCUACCUCCUGCAGGCCGUGGGGGGAAAGACUCUGAGAAGAAUGACCUGCAAGACAGUCAAGCCAAGCGCAAUGUCAUCAGCAGAUCAGCAAGGGUUCCCGAGAAUGCCCAGCCCGUGGUGCCCCAGGCAUCACAGGGCCAGCCUUUCCGGGGCCAACCCAUUCCGGGUAAGCCAUUGCAGGGCCAAACUCUACAAGGUCGGGUUUUGCAGGGGCAGGUGAUGCCAGGCUGUACCCACAAGAGGCGCCUUCCAGAAUCUGGCUUAAGAAAUAAGAUGAAAUUUUUUCUGCACUGUUUUAACCCCAAGACAAAAGGCAAAGGGCAGGAGAAAUCCAUGUCCUCCACAUCUGAGAAAAUGGCCAACAUGAAAAGAAAAAAUGUAGAAAAGAGCCUGGGUCCAGCCAAAAGUUCCAAGGGGCGAACUAAGACAGAGAUGACGAGAGGGAACCCCAAGGCCCAGUUUCCCCCCACUGAGAAGCAGGUGGGCCUGGCUGUCUUGCAUGUUCCCCAUUCCCCAGACAGUAAGCUCCGGCACCGCUCCUGCCCCCAUCAACCCCACUCUGCCUCAGUCCUGGGCACCCCCCACCACUGCCCUCGGCACUGUCCUCGAAUGGUUUAUGCCACCCAAUCAGGGAACCCACCCCAACUCUCAACUCUCACCUCAGAGGGAAAUACUGGUGUGCUCAAGAAGACCCAGAACAAGCAAAAAACUCUGUAGUCUCUGCAAUGUCUGCAUCCCUUGAAGAG